GCCAUACCCAUUACAGGCAACUUAUAUAUUGUUUAUUAAAACCGUCACUCACUUAGAUUAUAAUAAUGUCUGCACCAAAGAAAGGAGACCUGACCGACACGGAGAAGGAUCUACUUCUAGUUAUUGCUGCAGGUAAUGUGCAAGAAGCCUCCAGGCUGCUUGGAUCCAGAGAUGUCAGGGUAAACUGUCUUGAUGAGUAUGGCAUGACCCCUCUCAUGCACGCUGCAUAUAAGGGCAGGGCAGACAUGUGCAAACUGCUGCUGCAGCAUGGAGCAGACGUCAACUGCAACGAACAUGAGCAUGGAUACACCGCACUCAUGUUUGCAGGACUCUCAGGAAAGACCGACAUCACCUGGAUGAUGUUGGAUGCUGGAGCCGAGACAGAUGCAGUGAACUCAGUCGGCAGAACGGCAGCACAAAUGGCUGCUUUUGUAGGGCAGCAUGACUGUGUGACGGUCAUCAAUAAUUUCUUCUCCCGGGCGAGGCUGGAUUACUACACAAAACCACAGGGGCUGGAAAAGGAACCAAAACUCCCUCCUAAACUUGCUGGAGCACUACACAAAAUUAUAAUGACUACCAACCCCAACCCCGUAAAGAUAGUGAUGUUGGUGAAAGAAAACCCUCUGCUGAUGGAUGUGGAAGCACUUGAGAAGUGCCGCAAGGUUCUGGAGCUUAUCUGUGAGAAGUGCAUCAAACAGCAGGAUAUGAAUGAGGUGUUGGCCAUGAAGAUGCACUACCUCAGCUGUGUGCUGCAGAAAUGUGGCUCUUUCCUAAAAGACCAACAGGACAAACUUGAUGGCCUAAUCAAGAGUCUUUUGAAAGGGCGAGACAGUGAUGGCUUCCCAGUAUUCCAGGAGAAGUUCAUUCGGGAGUGCAUUAGGAAAUUUCCGUACUGUGAUGCCACAUUACUGCAGCAGCUGGUCCGGAGUAUUGCCCCAGUGGAAAUUGGAAGCGACCCCACUGCUCUGUCGGUCCUCACGCAGGCCAUCACGGGACAGGUGGGUUUCAUGGACGCAGACUUCUGCACAACCUGUGGUGAAAAGGGAGCAGGGAAAAGAUGCUCCAUCUGUAAAAUGGUGAUCUACUGUGACCAGUCCUGUCAGAAGCUGCACUGGUUCAGUCAUAAAAAGGUCUGUAAGAUGUUACAGGAGCAGAGAGAGAAACAUGAAGCGGAGUCAGCAUCACGGCUACAGAAACAGGCCAAAGCUGAAAGUCAUCAAGCAUUGGAGGAGACAACGGGCACUAUGGAGGAGCUCUCUGUCAGUCAGAGUGAGACCACCAGCUCACAGACCAUCCCUCUAACCACAGACUGAAUCACAAAGAAUCACACCACUUCAACCCAGCAACCAUCAUCGUCAUUGAAGACCCAUCGAAGACAAAAGAGAGCAGGUCCGUGACGUCGCCCAGAGUUACUGAAGGUUUCUUCAUAAUUCUCAUACAGGAUGCUCUACUGAAAGCACAUAACGUAAGGGGAAACCCACCAAAAUGCAUAGGGAGAAUGGUUUAGAUUUUUUAUUGUUGUUUGUUUGAAAUAAUCAUUAAAUGUUUACAUUUAUGUUGGGAAAAUA